UUUUUUAUCCUGGCAAUCGGAAGAUUUUGGCAUGGUUGAUCUUUACGGGACCGAGUGAAAUAAAACCGUUUUGUGAAAUUAUUAUGAAAAUGGAGUGGAAACCUGAACAGGAAGGGCUAAGACAAAUUCUAACGCUUCUUAAGGAAUCACAGUCACCAGACACAGCCACACAAAGAGCUGUCCAACAAAAAUUGGAGGAGUUGAACAAAUAUCCGGACUUCAACAACUAUUUAAUUUUCGUUUUAACAAAAUUAGUUACCGAAGAGGAGCCCACAAGGUCUUUGAGUGGAUUGAUUUUGAAAAACAAUGUGAAGGCCCACUACAACAAUUUCUUGCCUGAAGUGGCUGAGUUUAUAAAACGGGAAUGUUUGUCUGCGGUAGGCGAUCCCUCGCCACUGAUUCGCGCCACUGUGGGCAUUAUCAUAACCACUAUAGCUAGCAAAGGAGAGCUCACUUCAUGGCCUGAACUGUUGCCUGCACUGUGCCAGAUGCUUGACUCUCAAGACUACAAUGUUUGUGAGGGGGCUUUCGGAGCACUACAAAAAAUAUGUGAAGACACCGCAGAGAUCCUAGACAGUGAUGCAUUGAACCGACCAUUGAAUAUUUUAAUACCAAAGUUCCUGCAAUUCUUCAGGCAUUCAUCACCUAAAAUCAGGUGUCAUGCAAUUGCAUGCGUCAACUAUUUCAUUACAGGCAGAACUCUAGCCCUGAUGAUGCACAUUGAUGCAUUUAUUGAGAACCUGUUCCACUUAGCAGCUGACGAGGACCCAGAUGUCCGGAAGAAUGUUUGUCAUGCACUGGUGUUGCUAUUGGAAGUCAGACUGGAUAGACUCAUUCCUCACCUCCCCAAUAUUAUUGAGUAUAUGUUGGUGCGCACACAAGAUGCUGAGGAAGGCGUGGCUCUGGAGGCGUGCGAGUUUUGGCUCUCCCUUGCUGACCAAAAUGUCUGUCGUGAGGUGCUGGGCCCGCGACUGCCGGCGCUGCUGCCGGUGCUGGUCCGCGGCAUGCGCUACUCGGAGAUGGACGUGAUCCUUCAGCGCGGCGACCGCGAUGACGACGCCGACGAGGCCGAGCCCGACCGCGACUCCGACAUCCGCCCGCGCUUCCACAAGCCGCGCUCGCACUCGCUGCGCCACAACGCCGGCGCUGGCGAUAGCGCAAUGGCCGGCGGCGGCGACUCCGACUCCGAGUCCGAAGCUGGCGACGCCGACGACGGCUCGCUCUCCGACUGGAACCUCCGCAAGUGCAGCGCCGCCGCUCUCGACGUGCUCGCCAACGUGUUCGGCGCGGACCUGUUGCCUGUGCUGUUCCCCAUCCUGAAGGAGACGCUAUUCCACGAUGACUGGGUCAUUAAGGAGAGCGGCAUCCUGGCGCUGGGGGCAGUGGCAGACGGCUGUAUGGCGGGUAUGGUGCCGCACCUGCCCGACUUGGUGCCGUACCUGGUGUGUUGCAUGGCGGAGCGCAAGGCGCUCGUGCGCGCCAUUACCUGCUGGACGCUCUCCCGGUACUCGCAUUGGAUCGUGUCGCAAAGCCAUGACCUCUAUCUGCGACCCGUCAUGACAGAGCUAUUAAAACGAGUACUGGACAACAACAAGCGAGUACAAGAGGCGGCGUGUUCUGCGUUCGCGACGCUGGAGGAGGAGGCGUGCACGGAGCUCGUGCCGUACCUCGGCUACAUCCUGCAGACGCUCGUGUACGCGUUCAGCAAGUACCAGCACAAGAACCUGCUCAUACUGUACGACGCGAUCGGCACGCUCGCGGACUCGGUCGGACAUCACCUCAACAAGCCCGAGUACAUCAGCUUGCUGAUGCCUCCUCUCAUAAACAAAUGGAACGUACUCAAAGACGAAGAUAAAGACUUAUUCCCAUUACUUGAGUGCCUAUCGUCAGUGGCGACGGCGCUGCAGUCCGGCUUCUUGCCGUACUGCGAGCCGGUGUUCAGGCGGUGCGUGUCGCUCAUAGAGCAAACACUCAAUCAGAACAUAGCAAACAGUCAAAGUCCAGAGCAGUUUGAGGCGCCGGACAAAGAUUUCAUGAUAGUGGCAUUGGACUUAUUGAGCGGCUUGGCGGAAGGAUUGGAUGGACACAUUGAUCACCUCAUUUCCAAUUCCAAUUUGAUGCAGCUCUUGUACCAGUGCAUGCAGGAUCCAAUGCCUGAGGUGCGCCAGUCAUCUUUCGCAUUACUAGGAGAUUUAACUAAAGCGUGUUUCCAACACGUAUUGCCGUACAUACAAGAAUUUUUACCGAUCCUCGGAAUGAACUUAAAUCCAGAAUUAAUAUCAGUUUGUAAUAAUGCGACGUGGGCAAUAGGCGAAAUUAGUAUUAAAUUAGGACCGGAAACAUCAAAAUAUAUACCUCUAGUGCUAAAUCAUUUAGUCGAAAUCAUUAACAGGCCCAACACACCGAAGACCCUUUUGGAGAACACAGCGAUUACUAUCGGUCGGCUAGGUUAUGUGUGCCCCCACGACGUCGCACCCGUAUUACAUCAAUUUGUACGCCAGUGGUGCACGUAUUUGCGUAACAUCCGAGACAACGACGAGAAAGACUCUGCGUUCCGUGGCAUCUGCCAGAUGAUCCAGGUGAACCCGGGCGGCGUGGUGCCGGACUUCAUGUUCUUCUGCGACGCGGUGGCCUCGUGGUCGCAUCCUAAGGACGAUCUUAAGGAGAUGUUCACCAAGAUCCUGCACGGGUUCAAGAACCAAGUGGGCGAGGAGAACUGGCGCCGCUUCACCGACCAGUUCCCCGUGCAGCUCAGCGCACGACUCUCGGCCAUGUGCGGCAUAUAGAAACGAUCACUUCGUCAUGGGGAUUCAAUGUCAGCACGGGUCGGGAAGACAUUGCGGGUGUCCGCGGCCGCGGCGCCCGAGAGCGUAGGGACUCGUCACGAUGUUCGCCGGUCGCCGGCCUCGCUUCUGCCGCCACGAGCCACAAUAUGUGCCAACACCUGUGACCUCACUACAAUAGCGAGGAUAUUUUUCCGAUUUGUACCUAACGUCGAAUGUGUAGCUUAGAUUGUGAAUUGUUACACUUACUUUCCGUUCGCUUUGAUGAUUGCGUGAUAGCGGCGAUUCCACUAAGUUCGCGUCGAGAUGUAAGCGCUAGGUGGACUAGUGCAGUGCACGGAGUAGCCCUGUCUCGUACAACUCGGGUGCACUCGGGUGUACUCGGGUGUACUCGGGUGCACUCGGGCAAGGCUUGCUGUAUUCGCACCGCGUAAUGCCAACGCAGCACAUUGCAUGCUUGCGAGCCUGUUUGUUUUGGAUUUGAUCGUAACGAGUGUAACUCAUUGGCCUGUAGUUGUAGUAUUCUCACCAAUUAUUUAAAAGCGGUGAUUCAGCUACAAAUGUCAUACACGUGGCAACUUAUUACAUAAAUUUAAUUGCAUGAAACUUAGUGAUAGUUGAUAGUUUGUAAACGCGGUAAAUGAGACUCGCGUAGUUUGUUUUCGAUUGACCACUUUUGAUUUGUAGAUAAGUUAUCAGCAAAAAUAAAUCUAUACUACUUAACACACAACAAAGGGAAAUAUUCCAGUAUUCGAUUGGUAAAAACUCGCUUAGUAGUAAUCUAUAAAUAAUGUGAAAGUGUACAGUAGGCACAACGAUUGCAUUCGACUGCGACGUUUAGCUGUACUGACGUGCAAUUCAGGCUUAUACACCUCAUAGUCUUGCAUAUACAAUUCGAGCAAUAAUAAAUUGUUGUUAGUCGCAAGUUAUAACUUAAAUUUAUUUAGAAACAAGGUAAAAUAACCGAAGAGUGUUUAAAGCGAAGUUCCGUUCUGUUUGUGAGUGUAGGUUGGAGGGCGGAGCAGCAACGAACAGCAAACACGCGCUGAGCCCGCUGCCGAUCGCACUCGCCGUACAAUAUGAUAAUGAUUAGCAUUUAGGUUAACCGAUCCUGUUCACUGCUCAAUCUUACGACAGCACGUGUUCAUUUUCAAGUUUCACUAACAUUUGCAAAUAAGGAAGCUCUUAUAAUAUGAACGUAGUUCACAAGUCUUUAACACCUAACACCGAGCAGUUUUUUGACGUUAGACAUGUUUGUCAAAAAGCAUUUAUUUAUAUCUCCACUAGAGCUCUUCAGACAUCUAUUUUGGUAGGUGUUUAAAAUUUAUGUGUUAAUUAUUAUUUUAUAUAAAUUACAAGACUUAGUGAAAUCGAGAAUUUAUGUCAACUGUGAUUUGUGACUGGUUUUUUUUGACUAAUAUAUUUACGAUUACAUGUCUGUGUCUGUGUAGAUAUGAUAUAUACGGCUUUGAUAGAUUUUAUGACGGCUAGAUUUCUGCUAUAUAAUAUACCAAAUAGUAUUUUUAUGUUGUAUAUUGUUUAAUGGAUUUGUACGUUGAGUUGGCCUCGCUGCAUCGACUAGUUGUGUAUCGAGUAUCGAUACGCCCGCCGUCGCUUUGACGAUCGCCGCACAGUACCGUGUGGUGAUUAUCGUUCGCUUGUAAUAGAAAAGAUAAUAUCGCAGCAACUGCUAAUGCGUGAUGCGUCACAUCGUACAAUUAUACAUCGAUGUCGAUAUAUCGACAGUCGAGUCGACGUGGACAACUUGUUUGAUUGGUAUAAAGUACUAUUUACAUGUAUAUUUAAUGAAAGUAAUAUUAUGUAUAUGUAAAUACAUUUGCGAUGUAUAUUAUUAUAUUCAAGUAAAUUGUUAUUUUUUUGUUUUUAAACGCUAAAAGUCUGACUUUAAACACUUGUUAUAACGUCAUUUGGUUUUUCAGAUAAAUGGGAUCUGAAAUGGUGUAGUUCAUAUUAUUUAUGGACAUUAUUAGUCUACAAAUUUCAAUCGUAGCGUUAGGGUUCAAUAUUAUAGUAUGAUUUUCGGGGAUAUAAGAAAAUGUAACAUUCCGCUAAAUCCAAAUUUUAUUUUUGGCAAUAUCUAUCAUGAGUUUUUUUUGUUUUCAAUUUUCUAUGUUCACUGUUGUACGCUUAUGGAUACACGGAGAAGCAUUCUGGGUGUCGAUUUAGCACGAACAUGUUGAGUGAUACGUUAUUUGUACGCGCAGAUACCUUAGUAGUCUAGUUCCCUGAUUCCUGUGCGAUUCCUCUCCCAGCUCCUGUCUAGUCCUGAUCCUUGUAAUGUGCCAACGAAGCCCUGAUGGCGUGCAGGUGAAUGCGUACCAUUGCCAUACACUGCUCGAGGACAUGUGAUGUCUGCGGGCGUUGCGAUUCGAGUUUCAUUCAAGUCUCGGUACCCGUAGGAACAAACCUAAAUUGUAGUAACUCAGCGCUGGCUUUUGGACAAAUUUAACAAAAUAUUGUUUAUAUUUUAAGUAGAAACGAUUUUUACAAAUGUUACGGGUGACCUCGUAAUAUAUAUUUAAGGUAAGUAGAUUUUAUCAUCUUGGUUUUUUUUUAUUGAUAAUAGUUUGAUUUUCCUAAAAAGCAGCAGUGAUAAUAGUUGUUUAAGUGAUGCGUGCAUGUUGUGUGAGUGAGAUGGCAUCGUGAGGCACUCCCCUCCUUGAGGCACUAGGUAUAUUGUGAUUUGUGAAAUAUAGUUGUAUGGUACGAACGAACAUUUGUGAUGCAUUGUCGAUAUAAUUAUAGGUUGUUUGCGUCGCAUAUUAUAGCUGUCAUAAUUUGUGUUGUGGAUAAAUUUAUAAUAUUCGAGAUUGCAUAGUAUUUUAUUAAAUAUAUAUUACGUUGUCGAUGUACCUACGCGAAUACUCAAACCUUUAUUAAAUGUUUCUUAAAAUAUGACUGCAAUAACUUCUUGUACUUAUAAUGUAUUAGUAUAAUAGUGUAACUGCAAAAUAUAUACGUGUUCAUAGGCGUAAUAUUCUUUGAAAUUGUUGAAUAUAUCAUUAUUAUAAUAUAGAAAAACAUUUUAUAUUCACCGAUCGAACAAUUAGGCUGCUUCCAUCGACAUUUGUGCAGGCAUAUCGACAAUGACACGCCCAUCUCAUCAUCAGUCAAAACUAUUCUUGUAUUGUUUUGUCAUUUUUAUUAUGUAUAUUUUAUUUUAAAACAUGGAUUUAUCAAAUUAUACAAAUCUAUAUGUAUUUCUAUUAUAAUUACGUAUUAUUUACGUGUCACUUCGCUACCAUUCUGAACGUUAAGAGUUGUGUGGCGCCCUCUCGCGCUCGUCUGCCGUGAGAGGGCUUUGGCAAUGAUCACAUUAUUAUUGUAAAUCUCGUGAAAGAUGUAACAAUCACUUCACAUCCAUGAACCUAUGUCUUGUAUAAUUAUGUUUUAAAUUGUUGUAACAAUGUAACAUUUCAUUAACAUGUCACACAAAAUUUAUAAAAAUGAGUACAGAUAUUAUGUGAGCACAUAACCACACCCUACCUGACUACCUCUGUCUGCCUAAACCCUUGUUGAAAGGACGGCUUGAUGGACGAUAGCAUCUGCAUGCAGUACCUCCCGGGAGUUUUACUAACGUAUUAACAUUCCAUGUACUAUUUGUACUCAUUUUUAAACAUGUCGUGCAGUAAUGUAAACAGCCGUUUAUCAUGUUUUGAGUUCUGGUUGUAAUAAAUUGACCUCACAGUAGACAUUCUUUUACCAUACAUUUCGUUAAUAAAGCACUCAUUGUUCGAA